UGUUGACCGGAUGCCGAUGUGUUGAGUUGGAUUGUUGGGAUGGGGAUGACGGGAUUCCAGUCAUCUAUCAUGGCCACACCUUAACUACCAAAAUCCCAUUCAAGAGCGUUGUGGAAGCUAUCAGCAAAACUGCCUUUGUGACGUCACCCUAUCCCAUAAUUCUCUCUUUAGAAAAUCACUGUUCCUUGCAACAGCAAACAAAAAUGGCACACAUAUUUUCGUCUGUUUUUGGUGACAAGCUAGUAAACCGAUUCCUGUUUGAAAGUGAUUUUUGGGAGGAACCACAACUUCCUUCACCGGAACAGCUGAAGUUUAAAGUUCUCAUCAAAAACAAGAAACUCCGGGCUCCACUGACACCCGCCUUGACGUUGAAGCACAGGAACAAGACUGUUCCCGGCCGUACCAACAGCAUAAUUUCAACAGCCAGCACAAGUUCAUUAAAUGAAGAUGAUGACGAUGAAUAUGAAGAUGAUGACGAUGAUGAUGAUAUGCUGAUGGAUAAAGACAUUAUCCCAACGAGAGCCUCAUUGACCGGAAGUUUUACUCCAAUAUGUGAACAAGUGGACAAAAGAAGUCUGGUCAGUAAAUCGGCUUCGAUGACUGGCCGAACAGGAUCCAUUUCGAGCCAAGAAGGAUCUGGAAAGACUGUUAGCCCAGGAAUCGUGUCAUGUGGUGGAACCCCUCGUCCCCGUAGUCAGAACGACGUGCAGGACUUUUGGCAGGCUGAGGAUGAUGGUGUAAACAAAGCUAGAAAAGCCAGUAGCCAGAUUGCCCCUGAACUUUCUGACCUGGUGAUCUACUGUCAGGCUAAUAAAUUUCGAGGUCAAUUAUAAAAGACUAUUGAAGAUACUGUACAUUCGUUCAGUGUAAAACUAAUGUAACUCAGGUUGUUGUAUCCUAAUGAGGUCAAUACCAGAAGUUAUCAGACUGGCUGUGUUACAACCCGGCCUUAGUUGAAACACGGUCUGUGAGAAUCAGUCCAUUCUUUAUAUACCAGAGUUAUCAGACUGGCUGUG